AUGCUUCAACAGCGACUGGCUGACAUUGCCAUCACCCUCUUCAAUGUUCUACAUGAGAAGAACGGUAUUAGGUUUGGACUUUUUGGUGACUCUGCAGUCAGCGUAGUCCUGGAUGAAGAGUGGCCACGAGGAGCCGACAAUAUCAACUGUAUCGUCUCUACCUCCAAAGAUAAGCUCACCAAAGCGCUAGAUGAAAAGGAAGGGUUUGUCGCUCUCCCGCAAGCUCAUGAGGAUCAUGUUAUUUUCCUAUGGACCGAAUUACCAAAUCGGAGUAAUCCUAUAAUGGUGGAGUGUUUCUGCGAGUAUCUUUCUAAUGAGAAGAUAGCGAGAAGUAAUAUUACAAUGGCCUCUUAUAUGAUUUAUGGGAGGAAGCACAACAGGGGUCCUUCAUUCUUCCUCGACCCAUUCUUCCUGUUCAAGGACAAGCUUCAUGGGUUUUUAGAUCUAGCAUACAUUGGUCAGGCUAUCAAGCACUUUCCCGAACUUGAUCGUUUAUUUGCGAGAAUUGGGAUCGAUGUUGAGGCGGCUCUUCUUGCCGCCGAGUCUCUGGACUUGGAGAAAGUCAAUCCACCGGGCCAUUUCGAGGUCCAGCUUCAGCUGUCGGACAUUCAUUUUUUAUAG